UUAGUGUAUGGAGUCUCUCAAGCAGAAAGAAUGGUGGGGGUCUCAUGUUUCCUGGGGAACAGGAUCUGCUUGGGGCGAUGAAGAAACAUAUCUGAUGGGGGUGUUUUCUGGUAACUAUGAUCAUUAGGUUGGGCCCCGUGGUUCACAUGAGAUCAUUUUAAUACUCGCGGCAUUUUUGUAGUAGAUGAGGAUUUCCUGGGCGUGAUCUAUGGGGGUCUCUCAAGCAAAAAGAAAGAAUGGUGGGGUGCUGUCUCGGGUGUGUGAAAUAUAUAAUAUCAAUAGGGUGUCUCGUUUUCCCACGGGAGAAGACAAUGUGCUUGUAGUUUUAAAAAACAUAUCUCAUGGGGGUGUUUUUUAGGUAACUAUAAUCAAUAGCGGGGGCCUCAUGGCUCCCGUGUCAAUAGCGGGGGCCCAUGGUUCACAUGAGAUCAUUUUAAUACCAUUUUUAUAGUAGAUGGGGGUUUCUUUGGACUGAUCCGUGGCGGGGUCUUUUUUAGCUAGCUCUAAUCAAUACUAGGGGCCUCAUGGUUUGUAUAAAAAAGACAAUGUGAUUGAGGCUUUAAAAAACAUAUCUGGCACUUAAACAUUCCUCCCCUAUUGUAUAAAAUGGUAUAAAAGGCAGGUGUCGACGGUAGGUUUCCAGAUCACUCGCAAAAAUCAGCGAACAACGUCAAGACAGAGAGUUUGAACACAGAGCCUGGAGACGACUACAAGACAUCGGACAUUGACAUGGGCUGUUGCAUGUACGUAAGUUUCAUAUUGUAUAUAAUUUAUCUAGGGUGUUUAGCCUGAAAGGUAAAUUUUUUUUUCUACUUACAGGAGAGCUGCAUCUUCACCAAUUGAAGUGAUCGAUCUGACUUCACCGCCACCAGUGGCCCUAGUGUCACCGGUCCAAAACCCAAUGCAGGGAUUUAAUGUGGACUUUAUAACGCCUCAAAACCAGGCACAAGGAUUUGCAGAGGGCGAUCGCUCUACGAUAGACGGGGGAGUUUGGGGACAGACUUCGGGAUUCGUGGAAAACACUUUAACACCGCCGGUCCAAAACCCACUGCAUUUUAUUGUGGGGUUUACAAGUCCAAACUCAAGUCACGGUAAGUUAAACAAAUGUGUGUCGGUUUUAAUGAAUUCAUAUUUAUGUCAACAAUUAUCUCUGUAUGUACUGUGUAAAUGUUGAUGAAUAACAGAGUCUGCUCUGUUAUAGGGAUUGCGCCACUGACCCCCUCAACGCUGGAUGUGACAGAGGGAGAAAACGACACAGAAUUCGAGGAAAACACAGCAGAGUCCGAUGUGGGACAAGAAACGGGACAGGAGGAGACAUCUGACGCUGGAGUCUACAACCAGGAAAGAUUUCAUUAUUUUCCAGAUAGUGAAAGUGAAUAUGUUGACAUGCAAGCUCUAAAUCAGAGGGAUAUAGUCUCAGACAAUGAUGGAAUUGAAACAGUGGAUUUCAACACCUCUGUGCUAAUUGUCGAACAAGUGUUCAGAAGAUACAUGUAUGAUAUAGCAUGUUUAAAUCGCCGCAUGAUUGAGAAUAUAUAUAAUCAACUUAGACAGAACGUUAGACGCAGGCAUUCUGUCAAUUCAUAUUCAGCUAACGCUAGACGUGCCACUCGUGAACAAAGAACACUGCCACAAAGAGUCCAUCGCAGGUUGCAAUUUGAAGACUAAUUUUUGAUCGGGUGAUAAAGACAAAUGGCUGAACCAGAUCACAACAAUUCCCCUGAAAUUAGAGAGCAUCUCCUCCACUUGAUCUCUGAGAUAAACCGAGAAAGAUCCGAAGGCGGGGCUAAUCAGGGUUCUCCCCGAAACAGUCCAAUUCUGCCUCAGCAUGAUUCACCUGAAAGAGGGGGAGAAGUUUUUCUUCCAUCCCCUGAUGAGCUAAUUUCCUUGCUCCAAAUGUACAGAUACCCCUCCCCCGUUCCGCAUAGCAGUGCGGAAUCAGAUCACAACAAUUCCCCUGAAAUUAGAGAGCAUCUUCUCCAGUUGAUCUCAGAGAUCAACUGUCAAAGAUCUGAAGGCCGGGCUAAUCAGCCUUCUCCCCAAAAUAGCCCAAUUCAGGCUCGGCAUGAUUCACCUGAAAGAGGGGGAGAAGUUUUUCUUCCAUCCCCUGAUGAGCUAAUUUCCUUACUCCAAAUGUACAGAUACCCCUCCCCCGUUCCUUCGCCCGUAUCGCAAAGCAAUGUUGACUCAGGAGCUUGGUCUCCAUCAGACAGUCAGUGUUGUGAUGCACUCAACAGUCAAAUAGAUGACCCGUGGUCUCCAUCAGACAGUCAGUGUUGUGAUGCACUCAACAGUCAAAUAGAUGACCCUUGGUCUCCAUCAGACAGUCAGUGUUGUGAUGCACUCAACAUUCUGGAAAGAGGUCAUCAGGUGGGGGGUGGGGGCGAGGGUGAACAGACAGAGAGCGUCAUCAAUCAGAGUAAUGAGGGUCAAUCCACAUCUAUGGGGAUAAACAACACAAAUAGUGCGGCUGUUAAUGUUCCAGCACCUUGCACUAGUGAUGACAUGCAUGUCACAAACCGUGAAAGAUUUAAUAAUGUUGAGAUUCGCUCUUUCCUUCGCUUUCCACCACCAUCUGCAAUUCCCAAUUUUCGUGAAUUUUAUUUGAAUGUCACAAAUGGUUUUCGCGAUAGGAUUUCAAGCAUGAUUCACAGAGCUGAUGUCCAACCAAAUGACGUUAUCCAAGUUAAUCUGCGUGCUGAUCGUUUGCAAGACGAUGUCUCAAUGAGCGUGCGUUAUGGAGAGGGGACAGUGUCACAAUUACAGGAACUUUUAGACAGAUUAGUCCAGAGUAAUAUGUCUGUUUUCACCGAUGGAUCGCUUGAGCUAAUUGUCAAUUUUGUGAAGGCUCCGCGGGGAGGGGGUAAGAGACGAAUUGAAUCAUGUCUUGCGAGCGAAAUUGUGAAGAAAAAAGCACGACAUUUAUUUGUACUCCCCAAUCCCGAUCAAACAUGUUUUGCUGUAAAUCUGGCAUUACUGACAAAUCCCAAGUUGACGAUGAUGGAGGCCAUAAAGGCAGGUUGUGACAUCCAUACCAGAGCAGGUCUGACUGCUGAUACAAUGGUUACAUUCGAUGAUGUUGUCAAAUUUGAGGAGCUGUUAGCGUGUAAAAUUGUUAUCUUUUACCAAACGUCUGACAGAGAAAAAAACAACAACCUGGUUACAUUUCAAACAGGAACACCCGAACGAGACACAAUACGCUAUCUGCUUUUACACAAUAAUCAUUUUUAUGGGAUAAAUAAUAUUAAGGGAUUUCUAGGUGUGAAGUUUUUCUGUAAACAUUGUCACACAGGGUAUCAGUGUCAAUAUAAGCAUUUCUGUGAAAAAAGCUGCAACAUCUGUUGCACAGAUUGUAAACAGGGUCCAAUUCAAAAAACCUACUGUGCUGAUUGCAAUCGAUUCUGUACAAAUAGACAAUGCUACGAACGACAUCGCGAGAAAAAAUGGCAUCCGAAAAUCAAAAAGAUGGCCAGCAUGUGUCAGACCAAUAAAACAUGUCCUAGAUGUAAAUCAUUGUACUACACAUCUAUCAGAGAUCCUAAAGAGCAUACUUGUGCUAUCAAGAUGUGCACAAUUUGUAAACAACCUAAAACAACAUUGUCGUCUCGUAACAAUGAGUUAGAGCAGACAUCAGCUAAUAACUCUAUGAUUGAAAGCGGCGAAGAUAAACAUGUCUGUUACAUGCGUACAAAACCAAUCAAAUCUGAAAAAGAAAUACAUGAAAAAAAGAUUGUAUUUUUUGAUUUUGAGACUUCUCAAACCACUGGAACCCAUCUUCCGGUGCUUGUGGUGGCUCAGUCACUUAAUGGUGAGCGCCGUGUCUGGAAGGGGCAUUCAUGCGCUUUAAAAUUUCUUCUCCAUUUCCGUCAGAAAAAACAUAAACAGACAACUUUCAUUUCACAUUUUGGCAAAGGUUUUGAUCAUCAUAUCAUCUUGAAUGCUUAUGUAACUCAAGGUUUGUCACCGUCUGUGAUAGCACAAGGGAGUAAAAUAAUCCUGAUCCUGGAUAAUGACUUUCAACUUAAAUUUAUUGACUCGUUCUCAUUUAUUCCUAUCCCACUCAGAGACUUUUCCAAGGCGUUGGGAUGUAAGACACAGCUUAAAAAAGGCUACUUCCCACACAGAUUUACCGAUCUUUCAAAAAAUGGCUAUAGAGGAAGCUAUCCACCGGCCGAGAUGUACUCACCUGACGAAAUGAGUCCAAAACAAAGAGAGGAUUUCCUUAACUGGUAUCAGACUGUCAAAGAUCAAGAGUUUGACUAUGAUGCAGAGUUAGUAUCUUACUGUGAAAACGAUGUUGAAAUCUUAGCCGAGGGUGCAAGCAAUUUCCGUAAUGAAUUCAUAAAAACAACCGACUGUGAUCCUUUUGACAGUGUGACCAUUGCUUCAGCAGCUUUGAAUGUCUUUCAAACAAAAUUUUUAAAACCCAAUACAAUCGCGAUUCCCUGUCCUAACAAUUACAAAACAAACAGCAAGGCUUUCUCACAUGCGUCUAUACAGUGGCUUGAGUAUGAGGCCUUCUCACGGGGGAUUUCAAUAAGACAUGCUUUGAACGGAGGUGAAGUUAAAUUUGGGCGUUAUUCAGUUGAUGGAUAUGGAGAGUUAAAUGGAGGGAAAGUUGUCUUUGAAUUUCUAGGCUGUUAUUUUCAUGGCUGUCCAAAGUGUUAUAUGGGAAGUGAUGUUUCUCCAUUGUCAAAGACUUGUUUUAGUGAGGUGUACUCUGAGACUUUGAAAAGGCUGGAUCGAUUACAAAACGAUUACAAGGUGCAAACUGUGGUGAUCAAGUGGGAACACGAAUGGAGUGUACAGAAAAAAACAGACCCGAAUGUUAAAUCUUUCUUAGAGAGGUUUCAAGAACCAAUUCCGUUAGAUCCCAGAGCAGCCUUAUAUGGAGGCCGUACGGCUGCUAUCCGUCUCCGCCAUGUUGUCAGCCCAGGUGAGCGUGUAAAUUACGUUGAUUUCACAUCGUUGUAUCCGUUUGUAAAUGCACAUUUUCACUACCCAUUAGGGCAUCCGAAAAUAAUUCGAAAGGAUUUUGACAGCAUUGAAAAUUACUUUGGAUUAAUACAUGCUAAAGUUUACCCUCCACGUCAACUGUUUUUCCCUGUACUGCCUAUUAGAAACGACAAAGGGAAAUUAAUUUUCACACUGUGUCGAUUAUGUGCACUCGUGAACAAUCAAACUACUGACUGUACACACAAUGAUGAAGAACGGGCCCUCCAAGGGGUGUGGGUAACGAUAGAAGUAAUCGAGGCAGUGCGAAAGGGGUAUUUUCUGGCUGAAAUUUACGAAAUAUGGAACUUCGAAGAGAAAUCAGAUGUGCUGUUUAAAGACUAUAUCUACACUUUCCUUAAACAGAAGCAAGAGGCGUCGGGCUACCCUAGCGGAGUUGAAACUCUUCAGACUAAACAGGGUUACAUCCGUGACUAUAAAGAGAAGCAAGGUAUCGAUCUCGAUCCGGAGAAAAUUGUCUACAACCCCGCAAAAAGACAGAUUGCCAAACUACUGCUAAAUUCUCUCUGGGGAAAACUAGCACAAAGAUCAAACCAGCUCUCAACCAGUCUGGUGAGCACACCGCAACGCUUUUUUGAAUUUCUCUUUUCUAGCAAGUACGACAUUUCACAGUUUCACUUCAUAAAUGACGAUAUUGCACUUGUUCAAUGGCGCCAUAAUUCUAGGUGUGUCUUACCCCCAGGCGACGCAAAUAUUUUUCUAGCGGCGUUCACAACUUCUUAUGCACGACUUGAACUUUACAAGCAAUUAGAUUUGCUCCAAGAUCGUGUUCUGUACUGUGACACUGAUUCUAUCGUUUACACAAGCAGCCCCUCUGAUCAAUAUAACCCUCCACUCGGUAAUUAUCUCGGAGAUUUGACAUCAGAAUUAGAUCAUGGAGACUACAUAUGCAAUUGGAGCGCUGCGGGUCCCAAAUCGUAUGCCUAUCUCACACAACAGGGUAAGGUGACUUUACGUGCUAAAGGGAUUACACAAAAUUAUGAAAACUGUAAAAAAAUUAACUUUGACAGCCUCACAGAUCUGGUAGAGGGAUAUCUCAGAGAGCCGGACAAUCGGCGUGAAAUCUCUACACAUUACAAUAAAAUUACUCGCAAUAUGAAAGCCUUUGAACUCACUAAUAAACAACGCAUAAUCAACUUCGCAGUUGUCUAUGAUAAAAGACGACUCCUUGCAGAUGGAAAAACAUUACCAUUUGGUUAUUAGUUCCAGGAUGAAACGGCAGCAAUUUCUGAAAAGGACUGUGUAGAUUUAUGACGGUUUGACCUGAUGACUUUUCUACCCAGACCUUUUUAGAAUUAUAUCAUUGUUUUGUAAUUCUAUUCUGUUUUUUAUAUUUUUUAUCAUGUAUUCUGUGUUUUUCUUGAAGAUGUAUUCUGUAUUUUUAGUCAUGAUGUAAUCUGUAGUAAAUCAUAUAUGCACAUAUGCUAUAUCAAUAAACCCUUCUUCAUUUGUUUGUGUUUACAUCUUGAUGUCUGUGAAUAAAAUCAGUGUUCUGGUUAUUUAGGUUGCCAGUUUACAGAAACAGCAGAUGCGUAACAUGGAAGAAGUAUAUUUUGAUCCUCGUUUCAAACUUCCAUUCACCGCUCUCCUUGUAGGGGCAAGUGGAAGUGGGAAGUCGUUCUUUGUGAAACAUGUACUCCAAAAUAUGAAGGAUACUUUUUCCAGAGUUCCCGAUCGAAUCAUCUGGAGCUAUUCAUCCUACCAACCCAUGUAUGAUGAAUUGGCUAGAGAUGUAAAGAUUAAAUUUAUUGAAGGAAUCCCUGACUCUUUGACGGAUGAAAAUAUUUUUCCAUCAAAUCAGCACAGUCUUUUAGUUGUCGAUGAUUGCAUGGACGUUGGGGCGAAUCAUGAUGAAUUAAUGAAGGCAUUUACAAUGUAUAGACAUCAUCGAAAAUUAUCUGUAAUCUUUCUAGUUCAAAACUUGUUUCAUCAAGGAAAACAUAGCAGAACUAUUAGUUUAAACACUAAUUAUAUGGUCCUUUUCAAAUCGCCUCGUGAUAAACUGCAGAUUAGAAUUCUGGCUCAGCAAAUGUUCCCCGGACGAAGAGAAUAUUUUCUUCAGAGUUUUAAUGACGCGACUAAAGACCCCUACUCAUAUUUAAUCGUGGACUUAAGACCCGACUGUCCAGAACAUUUCCGACUGAGAAGCGGCAUACUUCCACACGAGUGGCCUGUAGUGUAUCAGUAUAAAAAGUGAUUUAAACCAUGUCAAAGCGGAUUAAAAGAAACCUCCCCAUUUUAAAAGCCCUGCUCAGUCUAAAACCAAAAGAGAGACAGGGCCUUCUUAGCCAUGCAUCGAAAGAUCUCGUCCUGGCAGUCUGUGAGAUAGCUUUGAAUGUUUUGAAGGGGAACAUCCCACUAUCCUCCGAGCAGUACAGUAGGUUAAAAAAGCAGAAAAAAAUCAUCAAACUCUUUGCUAACCGUAAAACUGCCAUAAAACAUAAGCGUAAGGUGUUGACACAGUCCGGUGGUUUCCUUGGGGCGUUAUUAGGAGCAGCAAUCCCACUCCUAACCAGUUUGUUUACCGGUGGGAGAUAGACACAGACCAUCGUCAUGGCGUCAUUUAGUAAAAUGUACAUGAUUUCCCCCCAUCAACUAGAGACUUUAACCCAGAAGAAGACGCAUGCAGAAAACAUCAGCGAGAAAGCUCAGCAUGUUUUGGAAGAGAAAAUGGAACGUCUGUUAAAACAACCUGGACCGGCAUACAGCAAGUCACUACAUUAUAACGAUCUACUUGAAAAAUAUCUGGCCUUACUCAGAAAGGAGGAGAGUCGCAGUCGUGAAAUACUUUUGAAACUACCUACUACACCCACAGAGAAAGGAGGUGAAGAUGUAGGUGACUAUGUCAAUGUUGAAGAGGAAGAACGUCCUGACAACAUUGAAAAAGAGAUUUUAGACAACAUAGGAUCACGCAAUCGGAAAAAUGCGGCAUAUAUUCUACAGAAGCUUCGUAAUUCAGACCUUCUAAGAUGGAACCGUUCAGGCGAGAUAAUUGUGCAGGACAACCUCAUUAAAGGGUCUCAUAUUUUCGAUUUAAUGAAAACUCUGACAAACCGUCGAUUCCACGGACGGACCGUACCUCGCGGAUGGGAUACAUUUUUAAAAACAAUUUCUGAAUUAAAUAUUCCAAUCACAACUGUUAUGAACACUCACGCACGCGAGCAAUUACGACUUAAACCCUCCAAUACCACGAGUGAACCUCGCCCUCAGAUACGUCGGAGUAAGAGAAAACGCGGGGGGAAAAAAUCUGGGGCGGCAUCACCGUUAGACAGAGAUUAUGACAGCCCGAAUCUCGUUCAUCAACUGUAUACACCUACAGCGUCUGAAUGGCGAUUGUCUACACCGAUCCCCUCCAACUGGUUAGAUUUCACUCGAUACAAAUGAAUUCAUGCAGACUGUAUGUUUUUUUUUUUUUUUACCAAUAAAAAUUUAUUGGGAAUUAUACAUCGGAGUAAGAGCAUUUAUUCAGAACAGAUAUAACACUCAUUAAAUAGUUUUAAAGAGCAUGCUUUCUGAUUACAGGUUUUAGCGGUCUUCACAUGUGAAAUACAUUUAACAUUUUUCUUGACAAACUUGGUGACAAGAGCAUCAUUCUUUUUUAAAUUAUCAGAAUACAGCCUCAUUACUUCUUGAAAAGAGAGUCCUUUAAAGCGUUGACAGAGGAAAAAAAUAACAUGGGCGCCACAAGUCGAAGAGUUGUCAUCUUGUACUUGGAGUUUGUUGUAGCGUAUUUCAUGAGAAUUUCUAGUGAGGAAAGUUAUAAAACUUUCAGGAUAAAAUAUAAAAUCCGGUUCGUGGCCAUAGCUGUCGAAGAAGCAUGAUUUGUCUUGUUCAGCUUCAAUAAUCAUCCCCACCCAGUGUUCACCCUCACGGGUUUGGUCAUGGGUGUUAACGACGAGAUAGCACGGUCGUUUAUCAAUCUUAGUUGGCAGUAAAUCACUAGGCCAAACCCCUCCAAACGUCUCGCCCAAGAUCGGUCUCAGGAUAGAAUCUAUUUGAUGGUUGUUCAUUUCUCCAGUUUUAGUAGUCGAUCAGAACCUGACGCUUCGAGUUUAUCUCUAUGACACUGUCGUAACAAGCGUACACAAUCAAUGUCAUAGUUCUCGGUAACGCCAUUCUGAAUCUUAAAUCCAAACGGCAUGUUCCAUGUAGCGCAGGAGAGAGAGCUUCAGCGUCCAUUUCAUCGUCUCUUGACAGAUUGAACAGAAACAGUGAGUAACCAUUUUCAAAGUUUUCGCGGUCAAUACUCAGGGGAGCGUCUCUGAGGUGUCUGUUUGUUCCCAGAUAGAGAUUGUAAAAUUCGCGAACACUCUGAUGUGUAUUAAAGUUGGGUUGGUAAGGUUUCGCCGGGAUAAAGCGUGAAUUUACACUGAGAGAGAGGUAUUCAAGAUUUGCAUGUUGGAACUUAAAUGGGUUCAGCUCCCUUGCUCCGACAAAUGCUCUGUGGUCGACAAUUCCGACGACUAUAUAUUUUGGAAGUCUACCCAGAUACAAGUUGUCCUGUGAACAUACACGUGAUUGUGCUGGAAUGCUAAAAUUUUUAACAACAACACGACUUAUCGGGUAAAUUGCGUUGGAUUUCAUUAAAGCGGCUGAAUGUCCUAGCAUGACAUCCGGCGAGACUUGCACCUUUUUCACAAAAAUGCUAGCACUCAGAAUGUUUAAAUUGAACUCGUCAGCUGCAGCGGACAUCAGUGUAAAAGCACUUUUAGCCUUUACAAGUUUCAAUCGCACAUCCACAUUGUUUAGCAGGAGUCUUUCGGAAAAAAAAAUGUCACUGUGCAGGGGACCAAUUAACUCGAAUGGUCGUGAACCACGAGUGAAGCUUGUACGCUUGAUAAGGCCUUUGUUGGGGCCGCCAGGUGUCGUGUCAAUUGAAUCUAAAUCAUCGCCAUCGUCUUUGUACCACAGACCUGCUGAAAACUGACUCUCCAAUGUUUGUCGUGAAAAGUUGAGGAGGGUUUCAAUAAUAGAUCUGUAAGGAUGAGUUGCGGAUGAAGAGCUAAUGAGAACAUCGUUCAGACUGACAUCUACCUGUGAAAAUAUAGUAUUUAGAGGGUACUGUAUUAUUCCACAGUUAUCAGCAUUUCCGAGAUUAGUCCCAUCGGCGUUUGUAAUCUUGAGGCGUAAAUAGAGUAGUGUUGAGUUUAGAUCUAGAUAGAAACUCCCGUUUCCAGGUAUCAGGAAAUCUAACACUUCUUGAUCAGCAAUAGAGUUCAAAGGAUGGAUCUCUACAUAAUUGGUCUGAUCUAUAGAUAGCUGUGUCAUCGGAGGAGCAAAGAGGUCGAGCUCUGAUUUGGUGCACUCUGACGAGAGGUGAUGUGUAAGAGACAUGGUUAAAAUAUAUCCCCUCCGCCUCGUUGACUUUUAACUUUCCGGUGUAUUUUCGAUGAGGUUUUACGUUUCUUUUUUGGUAUAGCGUGUGAUAAUGGUGCUAGAGCUCUUUUUCCUCUUCCACGUGCUAUUCGUAGUAGUCCCGAUCCGUCCUGAGUUUCGUCACGUCGACGAUUGGCAAUAUGGCUGGUUACAGCUCCAACAACAUCAGAUGCUAUCCCUCUCACAGCAGAUUUCAAAUGCGGCCUGGCAAUAUUAGCUCCACGUUUAAGAAGAGGCAAGACGAAUCUGAAUGCCCUACUCAGCAUAGAACCAAAUCCCCUGCCGUAAAGAACCGGGGCACCAACAAAUCCGUUGAGUGAUCCGCCUCCAGCCUGAUUCACAUAAUAAUCCACAAAUCUUUGCGAAUUCAUUCUGCGUUAUUCUGUUGAAUUCAGAUCAAGAUCUUUGAUACCGGUCUAAAGUGUAGUUUGCAGAUGGUCUUCCCGUAUGUGAAUCGAAUCGGGGUAUUUAAAUCUGUUUUUAAUUCAAUCUGGAUGUCCUGUAUGCGCUGUUUAUUGACAGGAACGUAGUGUAAGCGGUUGUAGGAGAAAGUGAUCAGAUCACCGUAAGAUCCUUCCUUUUUAACAAUUCUUAGAAGGGGAACAACAUAGUCUCCGAUAUGUUGUGCUUCCACAAUAUUGGUAUAGACGAAAAAAUUAUAUUGACCGCCGUUAAUAUCGCAGGGAUAUUUACUCACGGGAUUUCCUUCUGUUUUAAUCCAUUGACCGGGUUCAAAACCCAGCAUGUAGGACAGCGGCGCUUCGAACUUGAUAGAAUAUUUAGCACUCCCUAAUAUAUAAAUUCUUCUGUUUAUAGAAUUGUAAUGAAAAAUUAGAUCAAUGUUUACUGACUUAAAUAAAGCAUUUAUCUCCCUCAGUAUUAGAUCAAUGCUGUCAUAAUGUCCCCUAGGAAUUUUCAUAUACAUUGGAGGAUUCGCUGGCUUCGAAUGAUCCAAUAAUUCAUAACCAUUCUCACCCCCACGUAUAUUAUUCCAUGUAUGACAAUACAUAAUUUCAGCUAAAGCGACCUCGUAAGCUCCAUCCAGCUCUAUAGGUUGUGACAAUGUUGUCAUAUAGUUCGAGCUGGUAUUGCUCGGGAAAAUGUCAUUACAGGCAUUCGACGGUAGUGUCACGUAGAAAGACUCUCGUCCUGUCAUUGUGCUGUUUCCUGGUCUUUCUUGUUUCUCUUCUUCCUGAGCUCAACGACCUCGUUAGCAGCUAGCCAAGAGUCGAACUGACGAGGCCAUCCUUGCCACCGGACUAAAACCAUCUUCUGACCAUUUUUAAUUUUCCGGUCUAAAAUUUCUUCUAUGCGGAAAAGAGUGUCAGAACCAAUUAUCACUUUCUGCAGUUCUGGUUCAUAGAAUGUCCCAUUCAGAAUUUCACCUCUUAUAUCCCUUAACUUAUAAACAGGGGGGACUCUGGGGAUACGUUCGUUCACUAUAAAAUAUUCAUCGCUGAAUGACUGUUCAUACAUUUUAUCAAAUACUCCACGGUAUUUUGAAAUCCGUACAAUGUCUCCUUCUUUGAAUUUAAAUACGGAUGGUUUUGCGCUCAGAGAUAGUGUCCCAUAUAAAUUUUCAAACACUUGCGAGGUCUUGCUAGGGGUUACCUCCGCAGGUUUCAUUUUUAUUCCACUAUGAUAACUGUUGUUAUAGCUAUCAAGUAAAUCUUGAAUUACGUCUAUAUACCUACGAGUGUUUUUUGCAGUGAAGUACCGCCACAUUUUUCCCUUCAACGUACGGUGAAAUCUUUCCACCACUGAUGCUUUCAGUUCACUUCCUGUUGCAAAGUGUUGAAUGUUGUACUUCUUCAUUAGUUUUUCAAAGAGUCGAUUAAAAAAUUCUUUCCCUGAAUCCGUUUGAAUUUUAGCCGGAAUACCACUCUGGUCUAAAAUUGAAGCAAAAGCCUUUGCAACUUCAAAGGCUGUCUUGUUUUUCAGUGGUCGUGCAUAAGCUUUCUUGGAAAAUACAUCUAUUACUGUAAGCAGGAAUUUAAACCGAUCAUUGUCUUUAGACAGAGCACUCAUAUCACAAAGAUCGGCUUGAAAUUGAUACAAAGGACGAGGAACAAAAACACGAUUUCUAGCAUAAGUUUUUCGUGCCGUUUUGUGUAAGGUAUAUGCAUCCUGAGCUGACAACCAGUCUCGCACUUCAUCCCCGCUAACUUUUUUUCCCGUCUGCUCUUCGACAGCCUUUUGAAGUCUUUCAACCCCACCAUAAGAUCCAGCUCUUGCAGGAUCAUAAUAUAUACUCUUCAGCAUGCGUUCUGUCUUCUUUGAAGCCAUGUCUACUAGUGAACAGAAAAGAUCAUACGACAAUGUUUUGACUUCGACUUUAUUGAUGACCACACAUGAUUAGUGAUUACACAGUUAGUGAUUACAAUACAUGUUUUAUAUUAAAUUAUUUUUUUUUUUUCAAAAUUGAAGCGUGUAAAGCAUGUAAUACAUUUAGCAACUGAUCAACAUCAACUUUAUCUCCAUUCUUCAGUUUACACACCGCUACAUCGACUACAUAGGUAUACAAGACGUGCAUGAGACUAGAGUUGAGACUACACACAGAAAUAUUCCCGAUAAUGCCCUGUAAUGUUGCUUCAAAACCAUCGCUGUUUAAGUCUGACCCGAGAUACACCAGAUUCUCCCAGUGGUCUAAAGGACCCUUAUCCCUUACAAUGGCCAUCACUCUUUCAAAACGCUCCAAGUCUUUUGUAUCGACAUCCCCGCUUGCCAGAUAUAACGAUGCAUCAUUGAUCCGAUUAGCAAUUGCAUGUUUUAAAAGAAAACUGUCAACUGGUUUAGGGGGUGGUUUAAAAUAAUAAUUUCCCAUUUUGAUGAAUCAAGGAUUCCAGAAACCGAGGAAACGCUGCAGCAGAUCUUCCCUAUCCGUGUCGUCUUCUAUGUAGGCGCGCCUGAUCUCUGCAACUUUCUCCAGAAUGUUUUCUUCAGGCUUCAGAUCGUAAAGAAAAGCCUCCGCUGCUCCUUCCACUCUAGCAUCCAGUAUGUCUAACCCAAGUAAUUCCAGUGUAUACUUGAGAGCUGGAAGAAAUUCCCAUGUCAUCAGAUUCUCUGUUAACAGUUUAAAGUUAGUGUUGAAAUAUCCAGGUUCUGGAGGAUAGAGACAGGGAUGCUGACGUUGAGAAGGGUGAUCGACUUCACAGCCGUAACAGUCUUUUUUUAUCUGCUCCUGCACCACCACUUGCACGGCACUAGCCACGCACGCCUUUACAGUGUCUAGAAAUCCGCCACUCGCCGCUAUCGGAGACUGAGGCGCGGGCGAGUCUGGAGGCGUCAGGACCGCUUUGUGUGCUCCUACGGAGUAGACUGGAGCAGGCGCUGCCUCUUCCCCGCUGUCAUUAUCCCCCCAGUAUGGACAGUAGGAUGGAGGUCCGCAUGGUAGCUCGCCAUGGCUCUGUCCAUUGUCGAGGGAUUGGGAAAAACAACCGACUGUAUACAUCGGUGAGCCUUCUGGCACCUCUCGCUCAGUCACCUUGGGUGGAGAACCGGAGCUGGCUAUGGAUCCUCCAGUGAUCCGACCAGGGGUGAGCGCCAUGUCCCCCUUCACCAUGCACGCGUAGGGAUCGGUCUGGUACUCUUGCGCUUCACACGUCGUGACAAGGGUCGAAUCAUUCUCAUGAUAGCGGUGGAAAAGUGGCCUAUACAUCUCAGCGUGUCCUGAAGAUGUCUGAGAAAUGUUUGACAGCCAGUUGAGAAGCUCUUCAUCCCGGAUUUCAUAGCUGCUGCAGCUGGUGCUGCUGCUGCCGACGAUGUUUCCAGCAAGAGAGGUCAGAGCGUUGUCCGAGGAAAAAUCAGCCAUGAUGAAGUAAAGUACUUUCUCUAUUCCCACUUCUUCUGUAUUUAUAUUUUAAAACGAGUGGGUGUGUCUGGUAGGCCGGUCUGAGAGGCGUGUCUUGUAGAUGGAGGGCCUAGUGGGAGGCGGGUCUGGUAGGAGGGUUCUGGUGGGAGGGGUCAGAGAAGCAGGACUGGGAGGUCUGUGUAGAAGGCGGAGACCCGCAUGCGUGAUUACGCGGAAUCAGUCUCCAAUUCAGAAACAUAGCCUCUCCCGGCCAAUCCAUCAGCCUCCAGUUCUCUGUCAAAAACGGGGUUCAGAUUUAUCCGCCUUUUAACACUAGCCAGCCUCUGUCUUCCAACACCGCCUUCAGCUCGAGUGGUUAACCUCUUCUCCAGCAGGUCAUGCCUCCGCUUCACACUAUCUUGAGUGAAAAACAAACUCAUUUCUUUCAAGAGAUCACCCAGCUUUGGGAAGUCUUCCACCUUGAACGCCAGGUGAAUUGGGAAAUGCCGCUCUUUCUCCAUAACAGUUCUUGGUCUGACACUAUUAGCAUCAGAGGAGCCAUAUCUCACCAGCAGCCAGAUGUGUGAUCUCGAACAAUCGACGAAAAAAGAUCCCUCCCCUUCACGCUGUAGCGAAUCCGUUCUCACCGCUACACUUGGCGGCAUUCUCGUAAGUCCUACUUCCCCUUCAUCAUGCACAUGCUGCAUGUAAUCGAUGAAAUCUUGAAUGGAGCUCUUCAGUUUUUCAAAUUCAGUAGAAUAAAUUCUCAGCUGCGUAACCUCUGGUUCCAUAUAUUCAUAACUGUAUAGAUCCACAAAGGGAACUACUCCCAUACCUCUAAACUCACUAACCACCAGACGUCCCCCGUCAAGAUGCAGACUCUUUUUCCUGAACACCGCCAUUUUUUUUUUUUUCUCCAGCAGUCACUCAUAGUCUGACUGAAACACUCCUCGUUAUAUAAGACAUCUCAUAUAUUUCCACACCCCCUCACCACCUUAACCACGCCCAUCAACCCUCCUCUAGAAUAAUAGCCACAUUCUAAUGUAAAUAACAAAGUCACGCCUCUUCCUUUUCCCCACACCCCCUCACCACGCCCCUCCCAAAUGAUGUCAUCUGAUGUGUCAAGUCAUCAAUCAUAUUUUGACAGUUAGUUUCUGACGAUUAUUUUUAAUGAUUAAAUUUAUAUGACGUCAUCACAUUUUGUCACUUAGUUACUCUAAAUUUCUCUGUCAGCUGGGAAAGGCUCCAGCUUACCUGUGACCCUAGUGAGGAUAAGCGGCAUAGAAGAUGGAUGGAUGGAAUGAUGUUGUUUAUUUCUAGCAUUUUUUUUAUGUCCAAAACACUGAUAGCAGUAUAGAGUGAUCUUUGUUUAUAUUUAAUGUCAUUCACCGUGUUUAUCUCUGGGAGAUUGGUGGAUGAUGGCUGAGUAACAAUGAACUGCUGCAGAUUCAACUAUUGGGUCUGAGCCACGAAAACUAAAAAAGGAACACAACUGAAAACUUAAAAGGCACGCUAAUUUAUCAGCCUCACAUCUUGCUUUUUCCGCCUCGUCCUUUAGACCAGUUUGUCCCCCUUCACAUGUUGUGUAGCACCUCGUCAGCGUGCCUCACCAUCCACACUCAUUUUAUGAUUGCUCACCAUCAUCAUCAUUCAUCUUCACACACAUACUGUAUGCCACCUUCACUGUCAUGACCCAACUGUGGCCAAGAUUGUAAAAUUUUCUCCAUCCAUGAGGGUCAGUAGAAUAAGGUGUUUUAAAAAAAAGAAGAAAUGUCUGUAUCAUAAUUUAAAUAUAAAAAGUGCACUAUUAUAACUAUUGCCUGUGAUUAAAAAAAACAGUUAUGAUUGAAUUGAUGGUCAAAAUAAGAGAGAGCCACCUUAUUGUUAUGGUUACAAUAAUAAACCCUAAAUCCGUG